AGCUCGAGGCGGAGUGUCGCAGCUGCUGUGUCACCGACGAAGACUCGUCCACCCAGCAGUAUGCGUCCGCAGUGCUGGAGGUGUGCAUGAGGCGCGUGCAGUGGAUGCCAGUCGUUGCAGAGUUCAUAGAAGCCAAGGCGCCCAGCUUCCCCAACCUGCAGGUCCGUUACCGAAUCAACGCUCUCCCCAAGCUCAUUAUGAAGGACGCUGAGGGGAAGAACGCUGAUGUCAUCAGGAUUGAGAACUGGAAGAUGGAGCACAUUGAACAGUUCCUCAAGGAAAAACUCACGGAUGCCACUGCUGCCAGUGCUGUUGUGUGA